CAGAAGGAGCCUCUUUGUUAAGAGACUGACUUGAGAUAAUACUGACACUUGAGAAACCUCAUGUCUCUGCAGAAUAAACUGAUUUGCGGGGCAGCCGUUGAUUAGGCGGUUUACGAUGUCAGUAUACUGGACAUUAAAAUGUCUUAUUUUAAACUCCAAUAAGCAGUCUCUGUUUGAGCAUCAGGAUGAUUGAAUUGAGCUCAAGUGUUGAAAAUCCUGUGUUCUCCAUGACUUGUCGUGAUGAAAAAUUUGAUGGAAAAUUGUUUAUCUGAUAGACUACAGAAUAAAGUGAAAAAAGGGAAACAGCUUUCGGUACUCCCCCUAGCGCAGCAGUGAAAUUUAAGAAAAACAUAAAAAAUUAAAAGCAUUUUGUGGCACAAGCUGAUAGGUCACUUUCGGGUGGCGAGCUGCGUACGAAACAACAAGCCUAAUUAUUCUCGCAAGACUUGUAAAAAGGCAGUGGAUCUGCCUAUCAUUAGAUUGUGGACAUUGCCAUACCGGAUAUGUUUUCGCGCAAAUAACAACAACAAGCGAAACAUUUAUCCCAGCUUCAGUAGCACAUAAAUAGAGUGACCUUAAUAAGAGAACAAAUCAGUAGAAAACUCAUUUGUGAGCUUAAGAGCGGAAAAAGAAACUGAACGACUAUGUCGGAAAACUUGAACUCAACGAUGAAUGGAACACAGCCAUCGACCUGCUACUGGAAUCCUACAGCAGAAAAAAUCGGCAUGAUCUUUGCUUACUGCCUGGCUUUUCUUGUCUCGCUGGCUGGGAACACCGUCAUCGGAAUAAUUGCCUACAAGACGAAAACCAUGAGAAAACCCAUCAACUUUUUAAUCGUAAACAUGGCCAUGUCCGAUCUGCUGUUUCCGAGUUUUUUGGUUCCUUGGGAUAUUCAACAGCUCUACAUAAACUCCUGGCUGAUCGGUGGUCCUCUUGGCCAGGUCUUAUGUAAGCUGACUUACUACUUACCAGAAGUCUCCCUUGCUGUGUCUGUUCAGAGCCUGGUUCUGAUAGCAGUGGAUCGAUUUGGAGCUGUGGUAUAUCCCCUCCGUUCUCCACUCAUUAGUUCAAAGCUGUGUCCGUUCUUCAUUCUCGCCACUUGGAUCGUCGCGUUGGCUACCAAAACCCCAGAUCUCUUCUCCUCCAAACUUGUUGAAGAUGCGGGAGGGUUGGAGUGUACGCUGCAUUGGAAAGAAGUCUUUGGAGAGUCCUCAUCCUAUGAGAAUUACGUGGUGUCAUGCAAUGUGUUAAAGAUGGCCAUUGCUAUUGUGUUAGGGUUUGCAGUGUGCAUGGUGCCCUCAGCUAUACUCUGGCUUCUCCAGUUUUUUGUGUCAAACAUAUGGUCUUGUGGCUUCCUAUACUUUUCCGUUGUUGCCGUUUUGAUGUCUCGCGUAAAUGGUGCCAUGAAUCCUUGCAUCUGUUUCAUUUUCAAUAGAAAUUAUCGUAUAGGACUUAAGACUGUCUUUAGAUAAACGAUUAUUUAAAGCGGCGGCGUAAUUGAUGAUACUUCUUAACAGUCGAGAGGAUCAGUCGACCUGAAACUUGUAAAAAUCAUGAAUUUAAAACUGCUUUGAAUCGCAUUCAAUGUACACUAUAGCUUAAAGAAACUUUGCAGAACGGUUUUAAACCUUUCUUUCAACACUGAGUUUACAAUCAUUUUGUAGUUAUUAUGAAAACUCCACUUGUAAUUUUCUUAUA